AGGCGGGCGGGCAGACCUUGAUGGACGGGGCAGCCUUCAUGCCUCCCGGCCAUCACGUCCGAGCGACGAGUGGAUGACGAUCGAGUGCCGGAUCCGUCGCAGUUCCUUCUCCCCCCUUUCCCCGGCCGCGACUCCCUCCCGUGUUCGCUAUGGGCGUGGUGGCGUGUCUCGCCGCGUUUGUGCUCCUCGCGGCGUGCGAUGCCUCCCCGAUUCCCUCGUCCGGGGAGGCCGUGCACGCCGUCUUCCCCGAGAACAUCACCUCGCUUCUCUACCUGGAAAAGGUGGAGGCGCCCUCAACCUCAACCUCAACCUCAACCGCAACCUCAACCGCAACCUUAACCGCAACCCGUCCCUUCGGCGAGGCUGUGGAAGAGACGCUGCAAUUCCUGCAGAACGUGGGCGGGGAGUUCCUGCGCUUUUUCCGCAGGACUCGCCUCGGAGACGAAUUUGAUCCGAGUAAGGAGUACACCCUGUUCGUUCCAACGAAUGCCGCCUUCCAAAGGUGGCACCCGAUCGACUGGGGCUUCUACCCCUUCAAGGUGCUCAACUUCACCAAAGACGUCCUCCUGGGCCACGUGGUGGAGGGGAAAUUCCCCGAGCUGGUGGAUGGGAUGGAGAUGAAGACGGUGAAUGGCAGGGACCUGCACGUAGCGAUAGGGGCAGACGGCAAGGUCCGAGUCGAAGGUGCUACGUUGCUGCCAGGGGCGACCCCAUUGCCGGGCGGCACCAUAUACUUCGUGGAAGCAUUGUUCUUCGUGGAUCACGUGACCGUCUCCGAACUCAACCGCGCCCACAGAGAUAAGUUGAGACAGGAAAGCAUUCCUCUCCGUCUGGCUCGCUUUCACGAUGCGUCCGCUUUCCAGGAGACGGCGCCCGUCCUGGCACACCCGUGGCCGCAUUCGCAGUUCCUGUCCAAUCUGUUGCAGCAUCUGUCCCAGAGGCGGGACACCUCCAUAUUCGCGGCGAAUCUGGAGGCAUUCGCAACCGACGACGAAGCCAUUCCCUUGGCCUUUCCCCACCGUAACCGAAACGGCGACGACCUGACCUACACCGGCUUCAUCCCCCUGGACUCGGCGCUGGGCGACCCCCCCUCCCUCAGCGACCCCCCCUCCCGGCACCGCUUCCUCCUGACCCACUUCGUCCGCGGCUACCUCUACGACUCCGACCUCCGCGACGGCCUCGUCCUCGAGAACCUCCUCGGCGAGCCCCUCCGCGUCUCGCGGAGCGAGGCGUCCGGUCUUCGCAUCUCCCGCGAAGGAGACGACUCUGCCUCCAUAGUCCUCGAAACGAACGACUUCCUCUUCACCCUCGGGAACCUGUUCUACAUCGACAGGCCCCUGUUCCCCGUCGACAGGCCCCCUUCCCCCGUCGACAGGCCCCCUUCCCCCGUCGACAGGCCCCAGUCCUCCAACGCGGGUGACUUCCUGGCCAUCGCCGCAGCCUCCCUCGCGUCCCGGUCCGGGUCUCACGGGAUCCUGGUGGAGCGACUCCUCAACGACUCUUCGGCCUCGUUCACUUCGAAGGGCCCGACCGAGUGGACGCUGCUGGCCCCGAGCGACUCCAUCCUCCCCGAGUCCGCCGGCGCGGCUCGCCUCCUCGUCCCGCUCAAGGUGGAUGUCUCGGCAACCGGCUCGUACGCGACCGUGGGAGGGGCCGCCGUCGUCGUCCGGCCCAACCGUGACAUCACCAUCGACGGGAUCUUGCUCGGGAGAGGGUCCGAGACCGUUGCGGUUGAAGGGGGGCAGGUCAUUAUGAUCGAUGCCGUCCGAGAGCCGGAGUCGCCGGACGAUCCGGCAGCGACGGACGAACCUGGGAAAUCCACCCACAGCGAGGAUUCCACCCACAGCGAAGAUUCCACCCACAACGGUCUGAGGCGCCGCGCAGCUUUCGCUUCCAUUCGGGACAAAAAUCCUCCGGCGAAGACCGCGACGACCGAGCCGUCAAAGAAACUCGAAAACCUGGAUUUCUCGCACCAGCUGGGUGCCGGAUUGGAGGGCGAGGUGCUGGGAUCCGGCGUGGAGGGGCCGCCGGUCGGGACCCACGAGGAAGAUCCGGAGCGGCCCAAUCCGGACGCUGAGGCCGACUUGCAGGAGAUUCGGGACUCGGGUAUCUUGGAGGAGCCGGAGGUCGGGGGCGACGUGGAGCUGAAGGAGGUCGCCAUACCGCCGGAUGUCGGGAUAGUCCCGCACGAGAUCGGUUUGAAGCCGGACAAUCAGAGCGACCUGCCGGCCGCUCCUCAGAUCCUCCCGAAGCCGCCGAAGGAAUUGCCGGAACAGCUGGAGAAUCUCGAGCACGUCGAGACUCUCGAGGAAAAUCUCCGCGAAAAUCUCGGCGCCGGUGUGGAGGCGGACUUCAUCGACCGGCCGCCGGUCGGCACUCACGAAGAAGAUCCGGAGCUCCCGGUCGAAGGGCAGUCCGACCCGGAAGAACCUCGAGACACCGGCGUCGAGGUCGGCAGGGACGUGGAACUAAAUGAAGACGGCGUCCCGCCCGACACCGGGAUCGUCCCGGACGAGAUCGCCGCCAAGCCGGACGAGAUCCCGGCCAAACCGGACGAGAUCCCGGCCAAGCCGGACGAGAUCCCCGCCAAGCCGGACGAGAUCCCGGCCAAGCCGGAAAAUCGCACCCAAGUGGUUUAUCGCGCGCGUCCCAAACCUGAAAACAAACUGCCAGACCUCAUAGAGAAAUUCGAACAAGUGGAACUCUUCGAGGAAAACCUCCACGAAAGUCUCGGCGUCGGAGUCGAAGCCAGCGACUUCCACGGCGACAUCGACGGUCCGGAGUCCGGCACCCACGAGGAAGACCCGGAGCUCCCGGUCGACCGAGAGGCCGACCUGGCCGAGAUCCAGGACUCCGGCAUCAUGGACGAGCCGGAAGUCGGCAGCGACGUGGAAGCGAACGAACUCGAGGUCGACGCCGCCGACCCCCACGACGAUGGCGGGAUCGUCCCGGAGGAAAUCGGCACCGAGCCGGACAAUCCAGCCGAGCUGCCUCCACCUCCCAAGAUACUCCCGGAUACACCGAAGGAGCUCCCGGAGCACCUGGAGGACCUCGAACACGUCGAGAUCUUCGAGGAAAACCGCCACGAAGACUUAGGCGCCGGCGUGGAGACGGAAGACUUCGCCGGCGAGAUCGCCGGACCGGACACCGGCACUCACGAAGAAGACCCGAAAUACCCCUCGGACAUCGACAUCCCGGACUUUCCCCUCGGCGUCACCUCUGAGGGCUCCCAGGAACUCGGCGUGAACGUCGAAGAAGGAGAACUCGAAAUCCAUCCCAUCCCAGCCGGCUCGAAGGUCUCAGGGGCGGGAUCCAGCAACACGGACGAAAACGGAGCAGAAAACUCCACCACGACGGAGGCAUCUCCCAAAGCGGUCCCAUUCGAAUCGACGACAGCAAACUCGUCUGCCGAAGAAUCUAAGAAGGCCCCCCUUGAAGGGUCUGAGAAGGAUCCCAUAGAAGCACAGGGCAGUGGCUCUUCAAAAACACAUAGUUCGACAAAAACGGAAGAACCCCAACACACGAACAGCACGAACGAAGAAGCAAAACAGGACGGAAGGACUAGCCACGAAGAGCUCCCAACUGGGAGUGAAGUGCUCCCGGCUGGGAGCGAAGUGCUCCCAACUGGACGUGAAUUGCUCUUGACUGGGAGUGAAGUGCUCCCAUCUGGACGUGAAGUGUCCCCUGGCAUCCAGCCGGGCAUCCUCUACAGGGGCAGCCUCCUCCCCCAUCCCCAGGCGAAGAAGCUCCGCCGCUCGAGGAUCUUCGACCUCCCGGGGGCAACGACCUUCAUCGCCGAGCACAACGGCAAGUUCACAGAGGACAAGAUCAGCAUCAUCUCCAGCGGGCAGGAGGUCCGGCGACAGGGAAGUCUCUGA